UCGCGCUGCCGAGCAGCCCCCCAAGCCCGUCGGCCGUCGCUCGUCUUCCUCCUCGCGCUACCCAUCCCGCUGCCGAGCGCCCCAGCCCCCUCGCUCCGUCGCUCGUCUUCCUCCUCGGGCAAGCGCCGCCACCAGGUUUAGCUUCAGGAACAGGUGUCUUGUGGCAUCGAGUGAUGGCAAAUAGCGAGUAUGAGUACGUGAAGAGGGAGUUCGAGUUUGACCGCCACCUUCCAGCCUCCAACUGGAUUGUCGUACGCAUCGAUGGCUGCCAUUUCCACCGAUUCUCGAAGAUACAUGCCUUUGAGAAACCAAAUGAUGAGAGUGCUUUAAAACUGAUGAACGCUUGUGCCACUUCUAUGCUCGAGAAAUUCCCUGACAUAGUGUUUGCUUACGGUGUUAGCGAUGAGUACAGUUUUGUUUUCAGAGAGGAAACAGAAUUCUAUCAAAGGCGAGAAAGCAAAAUUCUAUCUUUAUGUGUCUCUUACUUCACGUCUGUGUAUGUAAUGAAAUGGAAAGAUUUCUUUCCUAAUAAAGAGUUGAGGGAGCCUCCAUACUUUGAUGGCCGAGUUGUAUGCUAUCCAAAUAUGAAAACCAUUCUGGAUUAUUUGGCAUGGAGACAAGUGGAUUGUCAUAUAAAUAAUCACUAUAAUACAUGCUUUUGGAUGUUGGUGAUGUCUGGAAAAACUGAAAAAGAGGCACAACAAACAUUGAAGGGAACAUUUUCGAAGGACAAGAACGAGUUGCUUUCGCAGCAGUUCCAAAUCAACUAUGAUAAUGAACCGGCUAUGUUUCGAAAAGGAUCUAGUGUUUAUCGAGAAAAGGUGGAAACUAAGCUGAAAACUGACAACUACGGGAAUCCCAUAAAAAGAACGCGGAUGGCUAUUACAGUUUCAAAUGUUGAUAUCAUAGGACCUGAUUUUUGGGAAAGACAUCAAUACAUACUUCGAGAAGAAGAAAAAUAUAGAUACGAGUAUGUGAAGAAGUUCGACAACAUCCAUAGGCUUCCACGUUGUAAUUGGGCUGUUGUUCGUAUCAGCGCCUGCCAAUAUGACCAAUUCUCACUGAUCCAUUCAUUUGACAAGCCAAAUGAUGAGACUGCUCUAAGAUUGAUGAAUGCUUCUGCUUCUCUGAUGAUGGAGCGAUUCCCUGAUAUUAUCUUUGCCUAUGGUUUUAACAAUGAAUACAGCUUUGUGUUCCAGGAGAACACUGAAUUAUAUCAGAGACAUGAGAGAUUAAUCCUUUCUUCAUGUUCAUCCUGUUUCACUUCAUUUUACAUGAUGAAGUGGAAAGAAAUUUUCCCUUACAAAGAAUUAGUGCAGCCACCACAAUUCGAUGCAGAAGUUCUCUGUUACCCAAAACCAAAGAUCGUUUGUGAUUAUUUGUCAUGGAGGCAAGCAGAAUGUCACAACAGGAACCAAUACAAUACGUGCUUCUGGAUGUUAGUGAAAUCUGGAAUAGGCGAAAACGAAGCUCACGAGAUACUGAAGGGAACAUUAUCAAAGGACAAGAAUGAGUUACUUUUUCAGCAAUUUCAAAUGAACUACAACAAUGUACCGGCUAUGUUCCGAAAGGGUUCAUGUACUUAUCGUCAAAAGGUGGGGAAAAUCGCUGAGGUGGAGGACAAGGGAGUUGCAAAAGAGCAGUGGGAUGUGGCAGUGGCCCACAUGGACAUGGGGCCAGAGUUUUGGAGAAAGCACCCUUAUAUUUUUAAUUCAAAAUGAUAUUUAGUUCAGGCUGACACUUAUUAUGGAUCGGAGGGAUUGUCAUCAUCGUGCCAAAUUUCGUCUGAAAAUGUCAGUCUGUAGAUUCUGAUCAGGAACAUUUCCUUUGGGUCGUUUCAUCCUGGUGUGCUUAUUCCUGUCAAAUGGUCCCUUUUUUGUCAUGAUAACAUCCUGUCAAGCAAGCGGCCAGGACUAGGGAUAAAAGAACACAAUUGAGUACCUGCUUUCUUCACCGUACUUUAUUCAAUUCUGAUUACUGUUGUUUCCUUUUGGUUGAUUGGUGUUCAAUUGUGAGCUGCAGCCAUGACAAUUUGGAGUUCCAAUACAGACAUGGACGUUUGUUUGUCGGACAUGCUACCACAACGGUAGGCAGCACUAAGUGGGCAUAUUUGUAUGCCGGUCUUGUUAGAAGGUCAGCUGCUAGCUAAUAUGGUACUCCUACUAAUCAGUUGUUACUACCCGAUGAUACUGACACACUGUAUGCCUGAUGGGGAUAAUGAUAGAUUCAUAUCUGGUGACGUUUGUGUUU